AACGCUCACGUUGUGUUUGGUCCCCCCUGCAGGUUGCGCCGAUCCCACCGAAGCCAUGUUGGAUUCCAGAGGUUUCCCGUUGAGUUGGAGAUGAGCUCGGUGAGGAAGCAGCUGACGAUCCCCCCUGGCAGCAUGACCAAGGCCCGCCUUUUCCGUCUCUCGCUGGUCCUCGGCUCCAUCUUCAUGAUCCUGUUGAUCAUCGUGUAUUGGGACAAUGUCGGGACCACGCAUUUCUACCUCCACACCACCCUCUCCAAGCCUCAGGGGGCGCCCCCCACGGUGGGGAAGGACAACCCGGGUCCUCUGCUGGAGAUGGAUGACUUUUUGGAGGACCUUUUAAAUUCCAACCUGAAGAAGAACGUCGAUGCGGGUCGGAAAGCCGAGAAACCGAAGACCCCCUUGCGUGCGUCAAGGAAACCAGGGACCGGCAACUUGGAAGAGAACGUCAGAGGCUACGACUGGCCCACUCGGGAGGCCAACAUGGGGCUGGACCAAGCAAAGUUGCAGAAGGAGAGAAGGCAGAUGUUGCAGGACUGGUGCGCCAAUUCCAGCUUCUCCUUCCCGACCAAGGAGAGGACCUUCGACGACAUUCCCAACUACGAGCUCAACCACCUCAUCGUCGACGACCGCCACGGCAUCAUCUACUGCUACAUCCCCAAAGUGGCCUGCACCAACUGGAAGCGGGUGAUGAUCGUCCUGAGCGAAAGCUUAAUGGAUCAAGGCCUCCCCUACGUCGACCCUUUGGACAUCCCCCGCGAGAACGUCCAUAACACCAGCACCCACUUCACCUUCAACAAAUUCUGGCGCCGCUACGGCAAGUUCUCCCGCCACCUCAUGAAGAUUAAACUCAAGAAGUACACCAAGUUCCUCUUCGUCCGGGACCCUUUCGUCCGGCUGAUCUCGGCCUUCCGGAGCAAAUUUGAGCUGGCCAACGAGGAAUUCUACCGCCGGUUCGCCAUCCCCAUGCUCAAGCUUUACUCCAACUACAGCAGCCUGCCGACGUCGGUGAGCGAAGCCUUUGAGGGCGGCUUCCGCGUCUCCUUCUCAGACUUCAUCCAGUACUUGCUGGACCCUCGGACAGAAAAGAUGGCCCCUUUCAACGAGCACUGGAGGCAGGCGUACCGCCUGUGCCACCCCUGCCAGAUCGACUAUGACUUUGUCGGCAAGCUGGAGACCUUGGACGAAGACGCCACGUAUCUUUUGCAGCUUCUCAAGGUGGACCAUCUUCUCCACUUCCCUCCCAGCUACCGGAACAGGACAGCCAACAGCUGGGAGGAGGACUGGUUUGCUAAAAUCCCCAUGGCCUGGCGACAGCGGUUGUACAAACUCUACGAGGCCGAUUUUGUACUUUUCGGCUAUCCGAAACCAGAAAACCUGCUCAAAAACUGAGGCGGAGGAGUGUUGCCCCUGAGUCCCAAAGAAUCCUCCUUAUUUGAUGUCCCCCAAUUCAGGGCGUCCCCCAAUUCCCAGGUUGUAGCCUGGGACUGGGCCACAGCCUGUUCGGAACUGAACUCGCAUGAGUAGAAGGUGGGUGUGCACAUGGAGCUCGAUUUGCGCGAGCGGCGGGGCGCUCCCUUGCACAUGUGAAGCUCCAUUUGGAGAGGGCAGGUGGAGUGUCCACCGCUCGCGCAAGCGUAUCUUGACAAACGCAAUGUGAUUGCCUGUCACUCGCGCCUGGGGUUUCGUGCAUGUGUGCGAGGGCCCACCGUUCGCACAAACAGAGCUGUCCCAAGUGCUCACGAGGGCCCAUCCCUCUGUGCAAAAGGAGCUUCCCGGGUGUGUGCAAGGGCCCGCUGCUCAUGGAAACGGGGCUUCACGCCGCUCGUGCCAAUUGAGCUGCGGGUGUGAGCACGCAUGCGUGCCGCUCACACAGAACCAUUUCCUCUCUCCCCUCCCUCAGUCCGCCAAGCUGGAAAGGUUUGGGACCCGUCCCCCAAAUGACAAGGCCGCUCCCGGUGGUCCUUCACAAGUGUCCCUUUUUCUACAGCCUUUUUACAGGUUGCUCGGAAGCCAGAAAAGGUUUCGCCAAGCCUCUCUGGGGUUUUUCGUGGCCUCUUUAUGUUUCCGGUUGUUUUACCGAUCCGGUGGAUUCUGCCGCUGUUCUAUGUCGAUGCUUUUUCUCUUGGUGCGUUUAAAACAAAUGGGAAGAAAGAAUUAAUAUAUUAAAAAAAAAGAUAUUUAAUACGGA